AUGGAAAGAGAUGUCCUCAAUGCCAUUCUAGGCUCGUAUUCGAAAAUAUUAAACGAAAUAUCGGAAAUUAAGAAGAUGAUUGCUGCAGGCCGAAAUGACAGUGAAGGCAAGAGGAAUAUGAUGCUGGAGUCAUUCAUUCUAAAUUCGCAAUUUAGCAAAGAAAAUACACAGAAGCAUAUCAAAGAGCGUAUUAGUGACCGCAAUGAACCUAAAGGCAAUAGUGUUAAGCAGGAUAAGAUAAACGAGCGUACCGAAGACUACCAUAAUAUCAGCAAAAGACGGGUAAGUAGCAUAACAGGCAGCAAUAGCCAGAGCCAGACAGGCAAUCUAAGCAUGACACACGACCGAAUACCAACAAAAUGCAGCACGCAAUCCAAUUAUAAGAAUUAUAAGAGCUUUGAUCCCGAUAGAGGCUUUGAAAUUGAAAAGUGUCUUUCGCAAAGAGCUGAUAACAAAGUGGAUCUGCAGGACUAUCCAUCGCAAGGCAGGGGAAAGUUCAGGAAGAGAUCAAAAAUUCAAGAAAGCUAUAACUGCAAUAGAAACGAAAAGAAUGGCUGGGAAUUUUUCAAUAAUCUUGAAAAGGAAAUUGAAGAAGCACUAUGA